UCCUCCAUACCAUAUGCCCAGACAAAAGAUUUUUAUGCCACGCUAAUACCCACUCCUCCUCCUCCUCCAGGUAAGCAAGUAAACGGAGAAGGCGGGGGGAUGAGGCGGUGGAAACUUGUGAUGACGAUGAUGAUAUCAUCCGCCGCAGUUGUGACGACGACGACCGGUGCCCCAUCCACCUUCUCUCUUCUUCCUCAAACCGACAACAACAACUCUCCUUCAUUCCUCCUGCGCUCCUCUCGCUCUUUCUAUACUAUUAUUGCAAAUGUUGCUGAUUACAAGUACUCGUUAUACGGCUUAUCUCCGGCUGAAGAUUCCCUUCAGUAUACACAAAUAUUAUCUCAGGUUCAUCUACGCUCAGCCAAGAGGAUAUUGAAACUAUGUGAGAUGAACCAAGGAUUCUAUAUUAAAGCUGGUCAGUUUGUAGCAUCCAUGAGGCAAGUCCCCAAUGAGUACUCAUCUACUCUUGCAUCAUUGCAGGAUCAGGCAGUUCCUUGCUCAUUUCAAGCAAUAAAAGAAGUACUUGUUAACAAUCUUGGAUCAGAUUUGGAAGAGAUUUUUUUGUCUAUUGAUGAAAAACCUAUUGCUGCUGCAUCCAUAGCACAAGUGCACCGUGCGUUACUCAAGGACCAUCAGGAAGUAGUGCUUAAGGUCCAAUAUCCUGGUUUAAAAGAUCGGAUGAGAAUGGACAUUGCAACGAUGUCUCUAGCAGCCAAAUGGGUCACAUGGCUUUUUCCAGAAUACAGAUUUAAGUGGAUGGUAUCUGAAUUUUCAGAGCUGAUUGCUUUAGAACUUGAUUUUACUGAGGAGGCAAAAAAUUCAUUCAGAACUGCAACAAACUUCAAAAAUAAUAGUAGAGUCAUAGUCCCUAAGGUUUUUCAGGAACUUACCACUAGCCAGGUUUUGACUAUGCAGUAUUGCAAGGGACGGAAGAUAGAUGAUUUGGAAUUUAUUCGGGAAAUGGGAAUUGAUUCAAGAAAGGUUGCAAAAGUAUUGACAGAAGCAUUUGCUGAAAUGGUAUUUGUCCAUGGUUUUGUACAUGGAGAUCCACAUCCUGGUAAUAUAUUAGUUUCCCCGGAUGAAAAAGAAGGAUUUAUUUUAGUUCUUUUGGAUCAUGGGAUUUACAAAAGUUUAGAUGAAGAAUUCAGAGUCAACUACUGCCAACUUUGGAAAGCAUUGAUUCUUUUGGAUUCACAUAAAAUCGAACAAGUAGGCCAAUACUUUGGUAUUGGGAAAUACGCUAAAUAUCUUCCCCUCAUAUUCACGGGAAGAACAAUUAACAGUAAAGCUGGUCUUGGGGACGGAAUGUCUGUUGAAGAGAAAACAAAUCUAAAAGAGGAAGUGAAGCUGCUAACAGUUGGGAAUAUAUCAGAAUUUAUGGAAUCUUUACCUUCUGAGUUUCUUACAGUAUUGCGUACAGAUGCACUUAUCAGGUCUUUAACUAGCAAGUUGGGUUUCCCUUCACGUGUGCGCCUACUAAUUUAUGCCAACUAUGCAUUAGAUGGUCUAUCUUCAAAGCGAAGUUCUGAUGCUGAUUGUAUGUUGAAGUCUGUAAGCAACAGAAUUAAUCUUCUUCAGUUUAGGCUCUUACUUGGAUUAUUGCAAUUGUUGUCUUGGCUGAGGGACGCACGGCACACUCUCGCUGCAUGGUCAAAGCAUAUUAUGCUGUUAAUUAGCCGACUUGUGAACCAUGGAUACAUGUUAGCACAUUUACUUUAGUGAUUGUAAUUAAGUUUAGGGACUUGAUAUGUAGUUUCCUUCAUGUUGUGUUUAGACUUUAGACUAUAGAUAACAUUUUCCCCCUGUAACCAAAUACAACUUUCACAUGAUUGAAAAAAUCGUUAUCAUCUCUCUCUACAACAA